AUGGGCGGCGGCCCCAAAGCCAGCGCGGCUAACCUUGAGCCUCUCGGAAAGCGCAGGCACUUCCAGACUCCCGCCAGCUCCUCCGAACCAAAGCCUUCUGCAUCGUUAACUCGUAAUGUGCGCGGAAAGGAGACGGAUUCGACUUCUUCUCGUAUUGCGAACAGCCGGAGCGCCCUGCUCUCGAGCACAGCAGGAACAGCUACCGAUCCUACCGAAUCCAAGGAUAACGCGGCCUCUGGAUCCGUCAAUUCAACUGCUUACAACCUGCUACAUGAUAGCCGACCUCCCCCGACGAUCGAAGCGACCAGUGAUCAUAACGGCGACGAAAGCUCCGAGCGACACUCCGAUGCGGAAUCUGCGAAUCAAGUCAAAAUUCCCUUGUGCAGAGUUCCUUCUCCCCAAACGCGCCUUGAGACCAGCACACGAGCUCUUGCUCUUGCACAAGAAUGGCAAGCAAAGUUCAAAGCUCUCCCGAAGAGACCUCCUAUGCCAGACUCUAAAAAGGGAAUCGAUACGCGCAAGCAAACAGCCCGUGCGGAAAAUGAUCAAUACAUUUUGAAGCACCGUCAGCCGCAGCCAACACUAUACCACAACGAAGAGUUGGGAGCCUUGGAAGGUGAUGCAGCAGACAAAGCCGACGAAGAACCCUCGCGCAAGCGUCGUCGCAAGAGCGGUCCGGGACCUCAGGCCUCUGCGGUGAACCUGGAGCCCCUGGGCAAACGCAGAAAAGGGUUUACACCCAAAGUCCUAGCUGAUGGGACUUCAACUUCAACAGAGCUUCGGCAGAAGUUCUCUUUGGAGGCGGCAGUGGACAAGCCGGCAACCGUAGUCCAUAAGCCACAGCUGGACCCCGCGCCCAAAACAACAGAUCCAUCGGAAUUGAAGCAGCAUAUACGGUUGUCGGAUGCGAUUUCGACUCAAGCAUCGUAUGGUCCGGCCAUAGGAAGCCAAGCAAGUCCGCUAAUGGUUCGAGACACGGUCGUCGCUCUCCAGCAACCCACUCCCGAAACCGAAGAUGGUAGGCGUGAGGCUGAGGAGAAGUCUGACCGCCUGAUUAUCUCUCGCAAUGAUCAAGUCCGUCAUCCCGCAACUAACGGAAAAUUCGGCAAUGACACUAGAUGCGAGGGCACGACUCGCACGCAUAAACGAUCAUCCUCACCGCAACGACUGCGUGAGAGAUACGAUAACGCUUUUCAUCGGGACGGUCGCGAUCACAAGAGUGACAGUAUGGUCAUCGUACCGAUCGAGGCAUUUCUCUUCAGGAGAGGUCUUCCAAAGGGGCGCAUAUCAAUGGACGAGAUCAUUCCUCUUCACCUCGCAGGUCCUACGGCGACUGGCAGGACAGCCGCGACCAUCAUCGACACGGUGGCGAGCGCCGUUAUCGCCAAGAAGAAGUCGCAAGCCCACAUAUUGACAGUGAGCGCACCACUUGGAGUGAAUAUGAAAGCUCUGAGUAUCGAAGCCGUAAUCCGCAAUAUUCGUGCGAUGAAAGACUUCAAUCAGCUCAACAUGGCCAUUAUGAGUACGAUCGCCGCCAGCGAUCACGAUCACCUGGAAGAUAUCGUCAUUCUAAGGACCGAUUCGGCUAUCGCGGUUAUAGCAUAG